AUGGAAGUCAAUGGUGAACCAGAUAUAGCUGGUAUUUUAAGCGCGGCUUUAAUGCCAUUGAAAGAUAUGAAAGAUGCAGAUAUUUUGGACCAGUAUGAAAUGAACAUGGCUGAUGGAAAUAUAACACCUGACGUUCUAGAACAUUUAUCUCAAAGAACUACACAGAACCAUAAAGAUGGUAUAUUUGGUGAAGAGUUUAGAAAGAAAGUUAGGGAGAGAGAAGGAAGAGAACCUAUUGUACAUGACCUUGCAAAUGAAAGUUUACAAAAUGUCAUAAAAACUUACUUUGCAGACAAUGAACCGAGAAGGGAUGAAUAUUUAAGAAAACUCAAAUGGACAGUACCAAAUGAAAUGUUAGUAUUGAAAAACAUGUUCCUUGACAAAAUAAAACCAACUACAGAAAUAAACGACGCAAGACUGAAAGAUUGGGUAAAAGCUUUCCCAUUCACAAAAGAUAUAGUUGGUAACAUGGAAAGAAAACCAGAAUGGCUACAAAAACAUAUAUUUGGAAACGAGCUUAUUCCAUAUGGACAAGCUCUGUUUGAAGAGCUUGAACCAGAAACUCAGGAAAGAGUCAUGCAAACAAUACGCGAAGACUCAAAUACAGACUAUGACAAACUCUUUCUAGGAUAUAGGUUACCUGAGAUGGGCGACCAGAGCCAAAAGGCAAAAAGGACAUGGGAAAUUUGCAACAUACUAGAUGAACAUAAUGCAAAGAUGCAACAACUUCAAGCAGAGGGCAAUGAAGGAAAAAGAAGAGUUAAAAACUCAGUCAGGAAGAAAGUAAAGCUUGGUCGGAGUGGGUUCUAUUAUGACAUAUAA